AUGUCUACUACAACACUACCGAGUCAGGCGAAUCCGUUAGACCCUGCCAAUGUAUUAAAUAUUCUUGAAAAUGUUCUACCGAGCCCGCGAGCCGAGGAAGCUUCAACUGCUGCUUCAGCUUCUGAAAAUGUCAUUCUUAGGUCAGGUCAUGACGCCUUAGCGGCGUUAUUUCACUCUAUUAUGCUCGCUGUUGAUUUUCGGUUUGUUGGACUUGGCGAGGAGGGAACUAUAGAAAUACAAGAAACACAAAAUACAUCAAUAAUGCCAUUCCCAAAAGAAUGGAAUGCCAAAGGUCCAGACUCCUACGCAUUCCGAUAUAAACAUACACAAUCCUCACUUACUUUCCUAGUGAAAGGAAUGCGAUUAUCAAAUAAAUUUCUACUACAUGGAAUGGGUGUAGAGGACAACAAAACCUUCACAAUGGAAGUAUUGACAGACGAUUAUACAUCACCGUCAUUCUUUCCCUACACCGCUCAAUCAUCAGAACCUCUCAUUAAUGGAUUUAUAUCGCAAAGCCGAUUAAAUGAUUUGAUUACCCUCUACAAGAUUAAUGUUAUUCAAAAUUUGAUUCCCAAUCUAAAUAAACCUGGAUACGAAGAGUCCACGCCAACUAGAACUUCUACUUUUGCUCGAGCUGAACCAAGAACACCAAAUCAACAGCCCGAAGUUGAUCCUUUACGUAUACCUCCACGACCAACUGUUCCUUUCCAUCAACCAGAUUACGGUAUGCCAUACGGAAGAUUUGACAAUCCAUUCAGUGUCGGACGAGACGAUCUAGAUCCACUUGGUUCUAAUCCUAUAAUUGGACCUCCCAGAUUCGGCGGUUACGGUCCUCCACCUUUAGGUGGUUUUGGUCCUAGUCGAGGUGGUGGUAUGUUUGUCGGACCAGAUCAUCCUAUGUUUGACCCAAGAAGAUUUGGGGGCGGUCGAGAACCUCCCGGUGGUCCACAAACUCUUCCACGAGGUGCUGUUCCACCUGGUGCUAGAUUUGAUCCAAUUGGACCAUUUGGACGUGGAUAUUUUAGUGGUGAACCGGAUCCAGAUGAUGAACCUCCACCAGGCUAUAGCAAUAUGUUUAUGUGA